AUGGUGUUCGAACGUAAGAACAAUGUGAAAGCACCACCAAGGAUAGGACGAAUGAAUAAGUUCGCACUCGUCGACCUUAUCAAAUACGAGGUCGGCCAGCUGUCCUCAUUAGCUCACCCACGCAUCUUGCACGUACAACAUUCGUUAGAGGACACUAAAGAAUUCCUGGCUUUCGGCUGCGAAGCCGUUUAUGCCUCGUUGGACAGUGUGGUCAUCGAGGAGGGAAUCGAACGGCUCGAAAUGAAACUCGGCGUGCUACAGAUAAUCGACGGUUUGUCGUAUUUGCACAAUUCGGCGAAAAUCCUUCACGGAAACCUCACUCCAGCGUCGAUUUAUGUGACCAGUAGUCGAUUGUGGAAAAUUGCUGGAUUCUCAUUUGCCGUGGCAGCAAAGGAACCAUUGAACGAGGCUUUGAACUGCAUAUCCGAAGAAUUGGGCUCGAAUUUGAGGGAAUCGAUGGGAAAAGUGCUCAGCUUGGACGUGGAAGUUCGACCGACGGUACAACUAUUAGCCUUGAUCAAGCACUUUGACGAUCCGGCUCUCUCGGCGCUACGUCAACUCGACGACAUCUCGCAGAUGUUCGAUCCGUCACAGAAAGCCCACUUCCUCGGUCAAACUUUUGUGUCUGCUCUACCAGUCAUUCCAGAA